GGGGUGGUGCCGGUGCCGGCGGCGGCGCGGCGGGCCGGAGCGGAGGAUGCUGCCGCUGCUGCUGCUGGGGCUGGGGCUGGGGCUGGGGCUGGAGCUGGAGCUGGUGGGGGGCUGGCGGGCGGCGGUGCUGCGGCUGGGGCUGCGGGGCAGCCCCCGCGGGGAGGUGAGCCCCGCUUUCCUCUCCCUCACCCUGGACGCCAGCCUGGCCCGGGACCCGCGCUAUGUCGCCUUGCUCAGCAAUCCCAAACUGCGUGCCUUGGCAACAGCCCUAUCACCAGGCUUCCUGAGGUUCGGUGGCACCGAGACAGAUUUUCUGAUCUUUGACCCCAACAAGGAUUCAACUUCAGAAGAAAAAAUCCUGUGGGAGCUUCAGGCCCAACAAGAGGCUUGCGGCUUGAGGCCGGCAUUUGCUCCUGUUCAGAAGCUGCUGUUGGCCCAGUGGCCCAGCCAGGAGAAGCUGAUUGUUGCGGAACAUAACUGGAAAAAGCACAAAAACACCACCAUUACAGGAAAUACGCUGGAUAUUCUCUACAGCUUUGCAAACUGCUCAGGGUUUCAACUGGUCUUUGGGCUCAACGCCUUGCUGAGGAAAGCUGGGUUGCAGUGGGACAGCUCAAACGCCCGGGCGCUGCUGGACUAUUGCUCCUCACAGAGGUACAACAUCUCCUGGGAGCUAGGGAAUGAGCCCAACAGCUUCAGGAAGAAAUCCGGCAUCUACAUCGAUGGCUUCCAGCUGGGGCAAGAUUUUAUUCACUUACGCCAACUCCUGAGUAACUAUACCCUCUACCGGCAUGCAAAGCUCUAUGGUCCCGACGUUGGGCAGCCCCGAAAGCACACACAGAGGCUGCUGAGGAGCUUCCUGAAAUCGGGAGGGAAGGUGAUUGACUCUGUCACAUGGCACCACUACUAUGUCAAUGGAAGAAAAGCUACAAGGGAGGAUUUCUUGAGCCCUGAAGUGCUGGACACCUUUGCCACCGCUGUACACGAAGUCCUGGAGAUUGCUGAUGGGACCGUGCCCGGCAAGAAGGUCUGGCUUGGAGAGACCAGCUCUGCCUACGGAGGAGGAGCUCCUAGGCUGUCCAACACCUACAUCGCUGGCUUUAUGUGGUUGGACAAACUUGGGCUUUCGGCCAGGCAGGGGAUUGAUGUGGUGAUGAGACAGGUUUUCUUCGGAGCAGGGACCUAUCACCUGGUGGACGCCAACUUUGAACCCUUGCCAGACUACUGGCUCUCGCUGCUCUACAAGAAGCUGGUGGGCACCAAGGUGCUGCAGGUCAGCCUGGUGGGAGCUGAUGAGAGGAAGCUCCGUGUCUACCUCCACUGCACAAACCCCCUUCACCCUAAGUACAGAGAAGGAGACGUGACGCUGUUUGCCUUAAACCUCUACAACGUUACCCAACAUUUGCAGCUGCCUAAUUACUUAUGGAGCAAGCAUGUGGAUCAGUACCUCUUGCUGCCUCAUGGCAAAGAGAAUAUACUUUCCAGGUCUAUUGAGCUGAAUGGCCGUGUGCUGCAGAUGGUGGAUGACAAAACACUGCCAGAGCUUAUUGAAAAACCACUUGGUCCCGGCAGCACGCUUGGCCUUCCAGCCUUCUCAUACGGCUUUUAUGUUAUCAAAAAUGCCAAAGCUAUUGCUUGCAUUUAAAUGGUUAAUACACACGCACAGGAUAAAUGUAAAGCACUUAGCUAGUAGGGAAGUUUAAUCCUAGAAAUUCACGUUUCAACCAUGAGAUUUAAUUCUGGCAGGGGAUGCAAUGUGCUGGUGGGCUGGGGAAGACAUGAGGUCUCACUAGGUAAUUUGUACGUGAAAGAUGCUCCUUAAGCUCCUGGGAGGAUUUUCCUGGUGGAGCAAGCCCAGGCAGGAGCUGGCUUUGCUCGUGGUCCAGCCUGGGUCACUGUGCUUGAGUACAGGAAUGUCUUCCACACCACAUCAGUUUCUCAUGUCGUGCUUGGGGCUCUGCAGCCUUCCCUCUCCUGGUGUAAGCUUGGCUCUUAAAGCAGCUCCUCUGUGAGCUCACCUUCAGAAAGGGUGAGCAGGGGUUUAUGUGAGCUGUACAGCUGUGGGUUUGCCUGCACCGUGGUGGGGGGAAGCCUGAGGAGGGGUUGUGGUGGCUGAGGACAUCUCAGGGUGAGAACUCAGGACUUGAAAAGCAAACCAAGAUCUGUGUGCCUGCAGGGGAACACACCUUGCUGAGAAACCAUGUCUUCCAUAGGAUUUGCGGCAGCACCACGACUUUUUUUUCCCAAGCUGGGAGAGUUUAGUCACAAGAUGGAGCUGUAGCCCUGUGCUUUCCAAAAGUGAGUUUUUUUUUUUUUUAACACAUGAAAUGCAGGCAGUUCCUGCAGGGUGGUCCACCUCUGCCCUAGCAUGCUGCAUCCCCGGGAGGAGAGGAGCCCACCAGUGCCCUGGCAAGCCCGCUGUGGGCUGCUCAGCAAGGGUUUACGACUCCUCAACCUUCACCACCUCGCAGGCAGUUCAGGUGAAAAGGACUUCCCUGGACCUAUCUGCUGGUGAAGCUCUGCUUUACCUUCCCUGACUUGCUCGGGUCUCUUCUGUCCUGGAGGAAACAGGAGCAUAAAGACACGAGGCAAUGUCCCCACAGCCAUCAGAAGGGCUUCAGCAGCCUCAGAGCACCCUGGGGACAAACCUGCCUGGCCAGGCUCUCAUCCGUCCCAUGCGGGAAAUGGCCAUUUCGGCCAGAAAUCUAUGUUAGCGAUGGCUUUUCUCCCCACCCGUGCCUUCCCCAUGCACACCUGGCUGUGGUUCCUCUGGCACACGGGCUGCCGGUCUGCAGGGCAGCAAAAUGCCUCAGAAAAUACCUGUGGUCUGCCAUAUGUGUUUAUUUGCAUCUCUUUUUCUUGAAGAUACGUAAUGCAUGCCACCAUCAAUGCCUUAUGAUACUUUGAGCACAGCAGGGGAAAAAAUCACAAACAAAACACCACUAUAUUUCCCUUUUUAAGCUACAUGGGGUUUUAACGCAGGGCAGGGUAGGGAGGGGACAUUUUUUUAAUGUGAAGACUUUAAAAGUGAUGUACUUUUGAAACUGUGAUGAAAAUUUGCGGAAUAAAAAGUUUAUAUUUAACUUUGGUCUGUCAAAGGGGUAUUGCAUCCAAGUACAGGUGCAUUCUGUGAAGGGUUAUGUUUUGGGGUCAGAAAUGACAAAAAGUAAGGUUUGACAUUGCCCAAGUUCAAGAAAAGAAGUCAACAGGGUGUAAAAUUAUGUGGAAAGUCUUAAAUUAGGUCAAUAAAAAGGUAAUAAUAUUAUUAUUAUAAGCUACAACUAAGACAUCAAAGUUGUUUGCCUGGUAUCUUCUUUUUAGAACUUUUCUAGAAGUUUUAUUUCAAUGCUUGUGACUUUUAUAUGUGAAGAUUUUUAUUAAAGUGGUUUAUACCAACUUUUGGAAA